ACAAUACCACCACCACCACCUUCUGCUCCGCCUCCUCCUCCCACCAGCGCUGGUUGACUUCAUCCCAGUCCAGUCUCGAAAUCUGAUACGCGCCUAAUGAUCAUUCCUUGUCGUUGUUGCAGCGCUCGCGCCCUCUGAAAUUUAUGUGUGUUGCGCCGUCAAUCAAACUCUAAGAUACACUGAACUGCGCGGACGUCGAUUCGAUUUGAAGUCUCCUUAGCCAGAUCGAAUCCAAACCAGGGCGAAUUCCCACCUGUGUCGAGCGAGCCUAUCUCACCCGAGGAGCUAUAGUAGCCCAUCCUCGGACACUUUGUCCUCACGCGUCGCUUCUGCGACAAGUCUACCUCAUGACGGCAGUAACUCCUUCUCGAUCAGGCGUAUCGCCUUCGAGCUCUCCGCGUCUUCCCUCACCUCCACCGAUUCCCGAAGUCCAGUACGGACCUCUGAGUCCAGGAAUCUCAGAUAUUGGAAAUGAACUCCAAUUCGAGGCAUCCCUGAGAGUUGACCAAGGCUCCGCUAGGAGGAUAAGGCCGGGCACAAAGGCAGCGGACAUGGCAAUUGGCCCUCCAUUGGUACCUCUGUCUCAGCUCGACUCUCCUUUCCAACUUCAAGAACACCUCAAAGCUCAAUACGCCACCCUGACCCAUACCCCUGAUUCCACCCGAACCAUCCCAGUCACAAAAGAAACUGCCCUGCAGUUGACAACCCCACCACAGAUCAACGAGAAUGAGACAGUAGACCGAAAUCUGUGGCUUUAUGAACUCUGUCGAUUUCUCACCCAGAAGGCAAACAUGGUUUCUAUUUUUCUCAUGAACGAUAACCCUCCGUGCUCGAGUCAGACCUGUCCAGAGAUGCGUGCGAGUGAGUGGCAAUAUCUCUGUGCAGUCCACGAACCUCCCAAGUCGUGUUGUGCUGUCGAUUAUUGCAAUCACACAUUGGACUGGGCCGCCAAUGUCCUCACAAGUCCUAAACAUUUCCCAUCUCGAUUGGCUUUGGGCGGCGAGGCUGGAAAUGCCGUCAAUAGCAUGAGACAGCUGACCAACAUCUUUCGAAGAGUCUAUCGCAUAUUUGCACAUGCCUGGUUUCAACAUCGGGAAGUCUUCUGGUCCGUGGAAUCGACAUACGGAUUGUACGUUUUUUUCAAGACUGUCUGUGACGAAUAUCACCUUAUCCCUGAAGAUAGCUAUACUAUACCCCCAGAAGCUGAAGGCGCACAAGACCAUAGCAAGGCCUCUGAUGACGCCGAAACGAAAGCCUCCACACACGUUCAGAUUCUGCGCAAGCAGGAUCCUCCCGAAAGCGGCUCAGACCCAGGUCGUGACACUGAACCCUUCUCCGCCGACUCGCAAGGUGGUCCUGCUGCGACUGCCCGGCGUCAUAAACACAAACACACUCCCAGUACAGGAAGCCUAGUCGAUACCAUUACCGAAGGUCUUGAAGAAGAUGACGAACAAGCGACAUCAUCAUCAGCGAAUAUCCCACCACUCGACUCAGUGCAGUCUCAACUACCAACCGAGGGCGGACCGGACCGGACCAACCCAGUAACCCAGCUCUCUUCUUCAACAUUACCUAGGACUGAGGUUUCUCCAGAGAGAUCUUUACCCAAACUCGACCUCAGUAAUAUUGUCCCCAAAUACGAGCCACGUGCACCAGAAGACCCUACACCUACGGCCCAUGAAGUUGAUCCGAUGUCGACCUAUGACAUGGGAGAGCCUGGUUCCGUACAGCGCCCGUCUACCAAAGGCCAAGGGUCUAGUGGCACCUCGGCACCAAGUGUUGAUCAAAUCUCCACGCCUGUCAAGACGACUCAAGACGAGGAAGAAGAAAAUAUCACAUCACCGUCGGGCGGAAGUAUCCGCACUGUAGGCAGCGACAUCCUUCAGGGCAUCCUGGGUCACAUAGGAGACGAAGAUGAAGAGGUCGAGGGGGCUCUUCAAGCUGCCCACCGAGAAGAGGAAGAGGCGAAAACACGUCGCGAUAGACAAAAGUCGACAUCCCCCGCCAAGGAGGAAAAGACGAAAAACAGAAAGGACAAACGUAGUCCGAAUAAGGAUAAGAAGCGCACAGGCUCCAGCACGAAAAAAGAAUCCGCCAAACCCGUGGAUGGGCUUUCUAGUCCGUCUAGCAGCCCUAGUAUCCAACCGACCGGGGCUUCAGAUCAGGUCGAGGUGGCUGUAUCAGCCAUUGAAACUGACAUGGAUGACAGCGGUGGCGAUGUCGCAUCCAUCGAAUCGAAUCCAGGCCCCGCAGCCUAGGGGUAUAUCAGUUGUAGAUUUUGACUCUGAAGGGAGAACCGGAUAUGGCCUCGGCAUCGUGGGGAGCUUGCACAUACACAGACUCAGACUAUGUAGUGAAUAACUACAUAUUGAAGAAGGCGUUGCAUCGAACACAACACACCGAACAUCAUUGCCAUCUAUUGCACUCUGACCGGGCUAUUACGCUCCCAGACAACUUUCCAUCAUCAGCCACAGAGCUAUGGGAUUCAUGCAGUAGUCUCCUUGUCAAAUUGGGUUGAUCAGUUGACACUUAUGGCGGUAAGAGAUGACUUAAUUGCCCUCCUACGUGAAUAUAUCGAUGAUGAUGCACAGUGGUUAUCUUGUGCAUAGUUCUGGCUG